AUGUUACUUAGAAAACAAUUUCAACAAAGGAGGCGUGAAAACUCCAACGCUGUGUUAUUGCAGGAGGAGUUGGAGACAAAAGUGAAUGAGAUGGAAGAAUGUAAAUUGACGGAGGAAAAGAAAAAGAAAGCGGGUGAAGCAUUGGUGAAUAAGGUGGCAAAGCUGGAUGCUGUUUUGGCUUCUGAGCUAAAUGACUGGAAGCAGGACAUGGAUAAGACUAACACCAGACUCCAGCAGAACAUCACUGAGCUCCAGGCUUCCCUGAAACUCUGUGAGAUAUGGAAGAAGACUGAAGAACUGGAGAAAGAGAGCUUGCUGAGAGACAGAGAGAAACUGGAGAAACGUGUUGUUAAGCUGGAGGCCACGCUGGCUUCAGAGCGAGAGCAACAGGAGCAGGAAAAAGAGAAGACUACUUCUAUCCUUCAAAACCUCAGCAGUUGGGAGGCUAUAGUGGAUCAGCUUCAGGAACUGCAAAAGACUAGAGCACUGCAGAGAGAGAGCUUGCUGAGAGACCGAGAGCUACUGCAGAAACGUGUUGAUCAGCUGGAGGCCACGCUGGCUUCAGAGCGAGAGCAACAAGAGCAGGAAAAAGAGGUCAAGCAGGACAUGGAGGAGAGGAUUACUGCACUUCUCCAGACCAUCACUAAGCACCAAAAUUCCCUGAAUAUCCUUGAGGAACGGGAGAAGGUUGCAGAGCUGGAGAGAGAAAGCUUGAUGAGAGAUAGAGAGCAACUGGAGGCCACGCUGGCUUCAGAGCGAGAGCAACUGAAGCAGGAAAAAGAGAAGACUACUUAUAUCCUUCAAACCUUCAGCAGUUGGGAGGCUAUAGUGGCUCAGCUUGAGGAACAGCAGAAGACUAAGGCACUGCAGAGAGAGAGCUUGCUGAGAGACCGAGAGCUACUGCAGAAACGUGUUGAUCAUCUGGAGGCCACGCUGGCUUCAGAGCGAGAGCAACAGGAGCAGGAAAAAGAGGUCAAGCAGGACAUGGAGGAGAGGAUUACUGCACUUCUCCAGACCAUCACUAAGCACCAAAAUUCCCUGAAUAUCCUUGAGGAACGGGAGAAGGUUGCAGAGCUGGAGAGAGAAAGCUUGAUGAGAGAUAGAGAGCAACUGGAGGCCACACUGGCUUCAGAGCGAGAGCAACUGAAGCAGGAAAAAGAGAAGACUACUUAUAUCCUUCAAACCUUCAGCAGUUGGGAGGCUAUAGUGGCUCAGCUUGAGGAACAGCAGAAGACUAAGGCACUGCAGAGAGAGAGCUUGCUGAGAGACCGAGAGCUACUGCAGAAACGUGUUGAUCAUCUGGAGGCCACGCUGGCUUCAGAGCGAGAGCAACAGGAGCAGGAAAAAGAGGUCAAGCAGGACAUGGAGGAGAGGAUUACUGCACUUCUGCAGACCAUCACUGAGCACCAAAAUUCCCUGAAUAUCCUUGAGGAACGGGAGAAGGUUGCAGAGCUGGAGAGAGAAAGCUUGAUGAGAGAUAGAGAGCAACUGGAGAAAGGUGUGGUUCAACUGGAGGCCACGCUGGCUUCAGAGCGAGAGCAACUGAAGCAGGAAAAAGAGAAGACUACUUAUAUCCUUCAAACCUUCAGCAGUUGGGAGGCUAUAGUGGCUCAGCUUGAGGAACAGCAGAAGACUAAGGCACUGCAGAGAGAGAGCUUGCUGAGAGACCGAGAGCUGCUGCAGAAACGUGUUGAUCAGCUGGAGGCCAUGCUGGCUUCAGAGCGAGAGCAACAGGAGCAGGAAAAAGAGGUCAAGCAGGACAUGGAGGAGAGGAUUACUGCACUUCUGCAGACCAUCACUGAGCACCAAAAUUCCCUGAAUAUCCUUGAGGAACGGGAGAAGGUUGCAGAGCUGGAGAGAGAAAGCUUGAUGAGAGACAGAGAGCAACUGCAGAAACGUGUUGGUCAGCUGGAGGACACUUUAGCUUCAGAGAGAGAGCAACAGGAGCAGAAAAAAGAGAAGAUAGGGGAGAAGACUACUGUUCUCCUCCAGAACAUCACCAGGCUCGAUACUUCCCUGAAUCUCCUUGAGGAACGGGAGAAGACUAAAGAACUGGAGAGAGAGAGCAUGCUGAGAGACCGAGAGCAACUGCAGAAAAGCUUUGGUCAGCUGGAGGACACUUUAGCUACCGUAAGACAGCAACAGGAGCAGGAAAAAGAGGAGACAAAUGAGAACACUACUGCUGUCCUCCAGACCAUCACCAGGCUCGAGGCUAACUUGAAUCUCUUUGAGGAAUGGGAGAAGAAUAAAGUACUGCAGAGAGAGAACUUGCUGAGAGAUCGAGAGCAACUGCAGAAACGUGUUGUUCAGCUGGAGGCCACUCUGGCUUCAGAGCGAGAGCACCAGGAGCAGGAAAAAGAGAAGAUCAAGCAGGACAUGGAGGAGAGGAUUACUGUUCUCCUCCAGAACAUCACCUGGCUCGAUACUUCCAUGAAUCUCCUUAAGGAACGGGAGAAGACUAAAGUACUGCAGAGAGAGAGCUUGCUGAGAGACAGAAAGCAACUGGAGAAACAUGUUGAUCAGCUGGAGGCCACGCUGGCUUCAGAGCGAGAGCAACAGGAGCAGGAAAAAGAGAAGAUCAAGCAGGACAUGGAGGAGAGGACUGCUGCUCUCCUCCAGACCAUCACUGAGCACCAAAAUUCCCUGAGUCUCUGUGAGGAACGGGAGAAGAAUGCAGAGCUGGAGAGAGAAAGCUUGAUGAGAGACAGAGAGCAACUGGAGGCCACGCUGGCUUCAGAGCGAGAGCAACUGAAGCAGGAAAAAGAGAAGACUACUUAUAUCCUUCAAACCUUCAGCAGUUGGGAGGCUAUAGUGGCUCAGCUUGAGGAACAGCAGAAGACUAAGGCACUGCAGAGAGAGAGCUUGCUGAGAGACCGAGAGCUACUGCAGAAACGUGUUGAUCAGCUGGAGGCCAUGCUGGCUUCAGAGCGAGAGCAACAGGAGCAGGAAAAAGAGAAGCUCCUCCAGAACAUCACCAGGCUCGAUACUUCCCUGAAUCUACUUGAGGAACGGGAGAAGACUAAAGAACUGGAGAGAGAAAGCUUGCUGAGAGACCGAGAGCAACUGCAAAAAAGAAAAAGCUUUGGUCAGCUGGAGGACACUUUAGCUUCAGAGAGAGAGCAACAGGAGCAGGGAAAAGAGGAGACAGAGGAGAAGACUACUGCUCUCCUCCAGACCAUCACCAGGCUCGAGGAUUCCAUAAAACUCUUUGAGGAACGGGAGAAGACUAACGUACUGGAGAGAGAGAGCUUCCUGAGAGACCAAGAGAAACUGGAGAAACGUGUUGAUAACCUGGAGGCAAUAUUUCUACUGUAA